UGGAGUUAAAAAGUGUCUAUUCUCUUACUGUGAUUUUUGUAUUUAGCAAAAUAUCUAUCUCGUCCGGUGUUCAGAUAGAGAAGGCGAUAAAGAAGGGAAACUUCCAAGUGAUUCAUCAACAUCCUGGGAUAAACAAAUGUGCUACUGCUGUUCUGCAAAAAAAUGACCUUGUUGGCGGACGUGUGUCGAAUGUGACAGGCGUAUGCGAGGGCCUACCGUUUCUCUGGACUGUGAAUGAAACUAUGCAAAGUGGAUAUGCGUAUGUGAAGAAAAUCUAUGUACAAGAAAACUAUCAACCACCGUUUCAGAUGACAGAUGAGCGAUUUGCAACCUGGAUGAUUCCUGGUUCCCUAAGUACAGGAGCAAAAGUAGAAGUGACUCUUGAAGGUCUUAAUCGUGGAUUCCAUAUCCAUCUCGUUUCGUCGGAGGAGAUGAGGGAUUAUGCAAACCGAAAAGGGAUAGAAGAGAUAGUCCGUCGCAGCCGCCAUUCCAUUCGGAUAUUAUACGCGCCUAAUAAGCAAUAUUUCACCGAGUAUGUCGAUGGUGUUAAGGUGAAUGAAGAGGCUUCACGUCAAAUCUUUACGGAGGAACGUGAUGAUCACAUAUAUAAGGUUUUGAUCCAAAUUGAUCAAGCAGACAUUCUGAAGAUCUACCUUAGAGGUGAACAUGUAAUGACGUAUUCAAGAGAGGGUCUCGAUCUGACAAUGUUGAGACAAGUGGUUGUUGAUGCACCCCACGGCCCCUAUAAGCCACCUGUGGCCAUUCAUAGAAUUGAGUUCACUAAAUAAACUGGAUAAACUCUGUUUGGAACUGAUCAACGUGUAAUGUAUUUUGUGCUGAAUUGUGUUUGCUUCUUCUGAUAAAUUCUAAAGAAAACUCUAACAAGGUACCUAUUAAAAUAGCAACAUGAUUAUAGGGAGAUGCUGCUUACAAAUAAAAUCUCCAGACCUAAAAUAAGAAAACGUCUCAAGCAACAUCUCCUGUUGCAGUAUGACCCAUGUAAUAAGGUAGUUUACCUCCUUUUGAAGAGUAUUUAAUUCCUACAAUAAACAUACUUUGACUUGAAUUUUUCAGGGGGCACAGGUUCAGUCCCCACUGGGACCAAUUGUCUCCUUUAUAUUCGUUUUUUCUAGUAACCUUUUACUUCUUUCAAGACUUAUUAUCGAUUUAUUGCACAAAAGUGAACAAUUUUCAUUUGAUAAGUGAUUUCUAGCUGUUUAAAGUGAAUUUACCUCUGAAACAGAAGGGAGCAGGGUUAGACAUCUUUAAAAAAGUUACAUUGCGGUAAAAGACCUCUAUUUUGCCUUUACUCUUUAGAUUACAUAUUGUGGAAGAAAUAUAGGUAGGUUUUACUUCUGCCUCAAGGUUACUUUUGAAUGAAGUGCGCACCCACAGGACUCGACCUUCGUUUUCCAGUGUUCAUUAAAUCCUUUUACGUGAGGCACCCUAGAAAAAAUACAUUUACAGUUUUAUUUUGUGUUUUAUAAUUGUUUAUCAAUAGUUUGUCGUUUCUUUUAUCAAAAUUAAUGGUAUAAUAAAUUCUCUGCAAACGUUUUGGACAGUGGCCAUCACUUUGAAAUUUGUCUCUACCUCUACUUGAGCUUGAGGAAAUAUCAUGAAUUAUACAAAAUUUAUUAAAAACAGCACAGAAAAAGUUGUUUACAUUUUGCACACUGGAUACAGUAUAUUGCUGUAACAUUGUUUUGAACAUUUGAAAUAUUCACCAUUAGAUGUGUCAUACUUUAAACAGUUGGUGCGAAUACCGUAACUAAGCAAACAUCUCAGCGUCAUCACUAGAAAAUAUCGGUUAAUUCUUUUCAACGUCGACAAGUUUAUGUUUUAUGUUUAUGUUUGUGCAUACAAUUAUUGAUAUUGAUUGAUUGUAUUUCCAAGGAACAUCUAUUUUUUUUGGAUCCUGUUUAAUUAAGUUAUUAUAAGUUCCUUUGGAUUAUAUUGUACUUUUUCUAUUAAAAAGCGUAUUUCAAAUCAGUUGACAUACUGUUUGUAACUUGAUAGUGCAUAUAGUAAGAAACUAUUCAUAUUCAAUUUUACAAGUAAAAUGAUUAAUAAAAUUGUUUUAUCAAUGUUUGAAAAAAUAUAAGACAUUGAAUAAUUUGCUUAAAACCACAGGUCACUUCAAACUGUGUUAACACAUUAACUAAAUUUCACAAUAUUUAUAAAUGUUGUAUCAUCAGCACUCGGUAUUUAUUUCUUUCUUUUCAAUCACGCUUUACUUUAGAUCUGUUUUAAUAAAAGUGUAUUAUCACAG